AUGGCCACCGAGGACUUAUACGGCAUUGAGUCGGGGGCAACGAAAAAGAAGAAGCGCCGUCAUCGUCAUCCCAAGCCUAAUCCGAGACUCCCAACUGACUUCCUUGCCCUUCUGUCCUGGGAUUCUUGGCUCCCGUGGCCAAUUGAUUCCAAGAAAACCCAUAUGGGCAAGACAUCGCGCAAGCAUAAGAGGUCUAGGAAGAGAACAUCUCACUCGGGCACCUCACACCGUGUGCAAUCUUGGGUUCAGGAGGUGACUUCUCAAGUGACGCUCUCCGAGCCCCCAAUACCGCCAACUGUGCCAUCUCUAGCACCAUCAACCCCCCCUUCACAUCCAGUUUCGUCAUCCCCCGGGCACCAGCAGGGAGCAGAGGUCGAAGCGGCUGAAGAGGCUGAAGAGGCUGCUUCGAAUAGCGGUAAGAAUAUGGUUAGAGGUGCACCCCCAUCAUGUAAUACUAACUUUAGUGAAAAGGGCGGACCAAAAAAUAACUCAGCACCAGUGCCAUUGACUCUAGGAGCGCACAACGGCUUGCAGGUCAAAUGGUGGUCUCAAACCAUGGGCCUAGCUCCUGAUAGAAAGAAAUGGGACCUCGAAGUGUCUUCUGAUGCCCAGGAUGAUAUGGAUGUGAUAAAGUUCGGAGAAACGACCUUACAGCUGAUCCUUUUGAUGACAGGACUUGCCUAUGCGAGAGAAGGGUGUUUUUGGAUAUAA